AUGUCCUACUUUGACAUGCCAUCUUCUUCCGACAAAGAUUCUUUACCUGUGCUCAGCAUCGAGGUAGAUUCACCAAGUUCAUCUGAAGCCUCAAGUUCUCUGUCUAAACCAUUGCCGGAGAAGCAGUUGUCUAAGAAAGCAUACGGGAAGCAACCGGCUUCAAGCCCAACUGAUGAUGAGGACGACGACGUCCUGAUCCCACCCAAGCAUCGCGAGAUGGUGCGCAACAACACAUUUUGCGAAGCGAAUGGAAAGAAGCCGGCCAAGAAAGAGAAAGACCAACACAAGUACGAGACUCCACUGAGGAGCCUUGAGAUCGACUUCGAAAAUACUAAGAAAACCAUCUACAGCAAAAUCCUCGACCUACUCCGCUCCAGCAACCAGUUGGAUACAAGGGCCAACGAUCUCGAGGUUUACGUUGGCACCAUCAACAGCAGCGGCGACGAUGAAGACAAUCUGAGCAGAUCUCUACCCAACAAUGACGCGGAGGACCACAGACACGGCAGUCAGCAGACCAGACCCAGCCUGACACAGCGACAGAAUGUCUACGAGGACAGCCAGGACUGUCUGGGCGAGCAACAGGACGUGCUCGCCUCGCAGCAGCAGCGGCUGGACCGCCGUCUCGCCGACAUCGAGUACUGCCUACACCUGAGCACGCCAACCCGUUCCGAGUCCGCACCCCCUAGAUCCACAGCGGCCACGGCUGGGCUUUUCCCCCCGUGGAGCGAGGGGUACUGGGGCGGGAGCAAGAGUCCCAGCAGGCUCGCAGGUGCGUGGGGAUCGAGGAGCUCCCGCAGCAGCCGCGGGGCUGGAGUAAAGCCUAAAAUCGAGGGUGACAGCGUCGUCGCGGGCGGCGAGAGCAGGCCUGGUGUCGGGCCUCCAGUAACGGGUCGUUCUGCGGUUCUCGGGCCAACGUCGACUAAUUCUUCAAAAAGGAAGCUCGAAGACGACAAAACCAAUGAUGCCAAUGAGGGAGGAAAGAGCAAAAAGCAUAAGAAUGACAAAAAGAAUGACGACGAGAGUGACGGCGAAGAAGAAGACGACGGAAAUAAGCCCAAGUCGAGGCCAAAGAUCAAGGCCAAGCCCGCUGGAACCACGCAACCGGCAGCGAAAGGACCCAAGAUCCUGCUCAAGAGUCGCAAGCGAAAGGCGGGUGACGAAUACGAAGACCCCAAGGACGGCAACAGUGACGAUGAAGAGCCGAAGCCGGAUCAAAAGUCGACCACUACUUCGAAACCUGCGGCCAAGAUGCCAAAGAUCGCCCCCAAGACUGCACCGAAGACCGGGCCAAAACCCGAGCCAAAGGCUACACCCAAGAGAUGUAACUCCAAGGACAACGAAGAUGAUGCGGAAGUCAGCGGCAAUAAGAACCAACAGGGGCAGCCGAAACAGGGGGGCAAAUCAUCCAGCACGUCGAAGCCAGCGCCCAAGUCUGUUCCCAAGGCUGCAUCGAAGGCUACGGCAAAAGUCAAGCCAAGGGCCGCAGCCAAAGGGUGCAAGCCAAAGGAAGACGAAGGCGGCAACAGCGACGAUGCAGAUGACAGCAACGAUGAGGCCAAGAAGGGAAAGCCGAAACCCGCACCGAAAGCUGCAUCCAAGACCAAGACUGCCACCACCACCACCACCAAGGCAGCUCCCAAGGCAGCUCCCAAGACUGCGCUUAAAAGAGGGAGAACAGGCGUCUCCAAGACAGGCGGCAACGACGAAGAGGGUGACGACGACGACGACGACGAAGACCAGGGGUCAGAGAAGAAGAAGGCCAAGGUAGAGCCGAAGAAGACAAAGACGGCGCCGCAGACGGCUUCGAAGAGGACCUCUUCCAAGCCCGCUGCUAAGCCGGCAGCAAAGGGUUCAAGGACCGGGCUCCGCAGUCAGGGGGCGCCGGCGUCGGCUCCUCCACCUCCACCUCAACCUCUACCUCAACCCGCAGCGCCGGCGCUGGCUCACCCAUCGCAACCAGCUCCCGCUCCUGCUCACACUUCCGCCUCCGACCUCGCUCCAGAAUCUCUGCCAUCUCUGGUCCUGGGCCUGCCUUUCGAUGAUGACGAUGAACACGACUACGGCACUUACGGCGGCGCGACAUUGUAUGUAUAA